CCUGUCAUUUGCUGUCAACAAAUUAGCUCAGUUUAUGCAUCGACCCACAGAGCUGCAUUGGCAGGCAGCAAAACGACUUCUGCGGUACUUGCGCGGUACUCUGUUUCACGGGUUGCUUCUUCGGCCUCAAUCUUCUCUCAACUUGCAUGCUUAUUUAGAUGCGGACUGGGCUGGAGAUCGGGAUACAAUGGUUAGCACCACUGGGUAUAUAGUUUUUCUUGGUCAAAAUCCGAUCUCCUGGCGAGCUGCAAAGCAAAAAGCUGUUGCUCGAAGCUCCACCGAGGCUGAAUAUCGUGCUCUCGCUGCUACAGCCUCUGAAGUUGUCUGGAUUCGCCAUUUGCUUGGUGAACUUGGGAUCUCUUGCUCCCCUUCUUCCGCCAUCUUUUGUGACAACAUUGGCGCCACCUAUCUUAGCUUAAAUCCUGUUAUGCACUCGCGCAUGAAGCAUAUAGCUAUCGACUUGCAUUUUGUUCGGGAUUUAGUUGAUCAACGUGUUCUUCAUGUCUCCCACAUUGCGUCCCAAGAUCAGCUUGCUGAUGGGCUCACAAAGCCCCUCUCUUCCAUCCGGUUUUCUCACUUACGGUCCAAGAUCGGAGUUGCCAAUGGCACCACCGUCUUGCGGGGGCGUAUUAAGGAAAGUAAAUCUCCUCCAUGAAGUCCUGGAUUGUCUCCAUGAAAUCCCAGAUUUAGAAGAUCUCGGAACUGCAAUUGUAAAAGAUUUGGAACUGUUAUUGUAAAUAGUGUUUCCUAGUUUGAUUAGAUUCUGUAGUGUAUAAAUUGUACUGCUCCAUUCAGUAAUAAGACAAUGAGGAAAUC